CGACGUUGGCGUGUUCCCUGUCUCCACGUGGGGCGUCCGGUGACGGCGAGGGCCGGGGUUCGAGCCGGCGGAGGGGCCGCCAUGGGGCGCAAGCUGGACCCCACGAGGGAGAAGCGCGGGCCCGGCCGCAAGGCGCGGAAGCAGAAGGGCGCCGAGACCGAGCUGCUGCGCUUCCUGCCGGCAGCUGAUGAUGAAAGUUCCAAGAGACUGUCCAGUCGGGCUCGGAAGAGGGCAGCCAAGAGGAGGCUGGAAUCUGUGGAGAUCCCUAAGACAAACAGGUCUCCUGGGGCCAAAGCCUUACCUGGACAGCUACCAAAAGGAGCUGUUGGGCUCUCCAGUCAGAAGGGAGCCCAGGCCUUGUUGAGCACUGCUCGGGGCAGGAAGCGCCCGGCACCUGCACACAGCAGCGAGGAGGAUGAAGAGGAGGAGGAGGAGGAUACUGAGGUGAAGCAGGAUGACCUGUGGGGCUCGGAAGACAGUGAUGCUGACAUGGUGGAUGACUACGGCGCCGACUCACACUCCGAGGACGAGGAUGACAAGUUGUUGCCCAUUGAGCGAGCAGCCCGGAGGCAGAAGGCGCUGGAGGCCGCGGCGGGAGGCCAGUGGAGCGAGGAGGACUCUGAGGAAGAGGAGGCGCCAUCCCCGGAGCCCCGCGAACCCGGAGAGGCCGAGGGGGACCUGCAGAUCAACGUGGACCAGGACGAGCCCUUCGUGCUGCCCCCUGCUGGCGACACGGAGCAGGAUGCCCAGGCCCCCGACCUGCAGCGCGUGCACAAGCGGAUCCAGGACCUCGUGGGGGUGCUGCGUGAUUUCGGGGCACAGCGGGAAGAAGGCCGCUCCCGCGCCGAGUAUCUGAGCCGCCUACAGAAGGACCUGGCCACCUACUACUCCUACGGGGACUUCCUGCUUCGCAAGCUCGUGGAACUCUUUCCCCUGUCCGAGCUGAUCGAGUUCUUAGAAGCCAAUGAGGUGCCUCGGCCCAUCACCCUCCGUACCAACACCCUGAAGACCCGGCGCCGAGACCUGGCACAGGCUCUCAUCAAUCGCGGCGUCAACCUGGACCCCCUGGGCAAGUGGUCCAAGACCGGCCUGGUGGUGUACGACUCCUCGGUGCCCAUCGGCGCCACCCCCGAGUACCUGGCCGGGCACUACAUGCUGCAGGGCGCCUCCAGCCUGCUCCCCGUCAUGGCGCUGGCGCCCCAGGAGCACGAGCGGGUCCUCGACAUGUGCUGCGCCCCCGGGGGCAAGACCAGCUACAUGGCCCAGCUGAUGAAGAACACGGGCGUCAUCCUCGCCAACGACGCCAACGCCGAGCGCCUCAAGAGCGUGGUGGGGAACCUGCACCGCCUGGGGGUCACCAACGCCAUCGUCAGCCACUACGACGGGCGCCAGUUCCCCAAGGUGGUGGGGGGCUUCGACCGCGUGCUGCUGGACGCGCCCUGCAGCGGCACGGGCGUCAUCUCCAAGGACCCCGCCGUGAAGACCAACAAGGACGAGAAGGACAUCCUGCGCUGCGCCCACCUGCAGAAGGAGCUGCUCCUGAGCGCCAUCGACUCCGUCAACGCCGCCUCCAAGACGGGCGGCUACCUGGUCUACUGCACCUGCUCCAUCAUGGUGGAGGAGAACGAGUGGGUGGUGGACUACGCCCUCAAGAAGCGGAACGUGCGCCUGGUGCCCACCGGCCUGGACUUCGGCCAGGAGGGCUUCACGCGCUUCCGCGAGCGCCGCUUCCACCCGAGCCUGCGCGCCGCCCGCCGCUUCUACCCGCAUGCGCACAACAUGGACGGCUUCUUCAUCGCCAAGCUCAAGAAGUUCUCCAACGCCGUCCCCCAGGCCCCGGCCCCGGCCCUGGCAGGGACUCGUGCGGCCGACCCCCCUGCAGAGCCGGACCACCCCGCGCCCCAGAGCCGCAGCCCGCCCGCCAAGGAACCCAGGGCGGCCGCCAAGGCCCAGCGGGCGCGGCGCCCCAAGAAGCCCAACGGCGCCCCCGCCGGGGCGGGCGCCGGGCCGCCCCCCGCUGCCUCCGGCCUGCAGGACUGCAGCCCGCCCGCUGGCCGGGCCCGAUCAGCCCCGGGGCCCGGGGUGACCGGGAGGCCGCGGUUGCCGGCCGCCAAGAAACAGGGGUCCCCCGCGGACGCCCGGCCGCCGGGCCCCGGAUCCCGGGCCCCCCCCAGACCCCGGGGCCGCCACCGCCCCCCGGGCAAGGCCGGGGCGGCCGGGAACGAGCAGCACAGGGCCAACGGCGUCCCCAAAGCCCGGCCGCGUCCCGCCGCGCCCUCGCCCGGUGCCAGCCGGCCUCCGCCCGCCAAGAGGAGGAAGCCGGGGCCCGGCGGCCCCCGCGGGCGGCCGUGA